AUGAGUAGUGAGAUAGGUUUAAUAAUAAAAGUUUAUAAAGAUUUAACCAGGUACAUAAUAGCAGUGAUGUAUUCAAGUGAAGUUGUAUUGUAUGUACAAAAUUUCAAUAGUAGUGAAAUAAUGCCAUGUUAUACAAUAACAGGUAAUUUUACUUACAUAACAUGGGAUGAAGAAGUACCUCUUUUGUAUGUUAGUGAUAAUUAUAAGACGUACUUGUAUACCUAA